AUGGACAGGAGGCCGCAGGGGCCGGAAGAGUCUGGACCACCCCGCAUCCCCAAAGCUGGAGGUGCCGACAGCAGACCAGAGCGUAUGGCUGCCCGUUUCCUCCUGAGAACUAUUCAUCAGGCCCCAGAGGUGACAGAGCUUUCUCAGCCAGAGAUGGCAAGUGUGCGGGCACCGGGCCUCGGCCGCUCUGGCCUGCCCCGAAGCAGCGGCCGUCACGUGGUCGGGGUGCCGAGCUGGUGGAAGGCCACGCUCGCGCCCCUGGCACCGCCGCCCACUGCAAGCGCCCGGCCUGAAUUGGUGCCAGCAGCUCUCAGAGCUGUCAUGUGCCUGGACUGCUGGCGGCCAGCCGGAGGGGGUGUGUGUGCCGUCCGCACCAUCUAUGCCAUGAGCCUGAGUCCCUCGGGCUGCAAGGAGAUCGAGAGGCUGAGGACAGGGCCCUGCACGCUGCCUCUCACGCAUGCGCUCGCCUCUUCUCCACAGCAGUGCUCGGAGCCGACUCUGGGCCUGAAACUCACAGAAACGGGAGGGCAUCGGGGACCCCCAUACAACGGGAAGAUCCGCGGAAGGAGCCUAGAGCGUGAUCCGGAUGGACUGGAAAUGCGCAGCUCCGCACAGGGCGUUCCAAGCCGGGCCUGGAAAUGCUUCAAAGGCCCGGGAGCAGGGUCGGGCGGCCGGGUCACACGGGAGCGGUCACUCCCGCCACCCGCCAGCCGGUGGCCCCCGGGCCCUGCCUGCAGAGUGGGGGCCUCUGAGUGCCAGCCAGACGUUGGCCCCGCUUUCUCCAUGUCAGAAAUUAAUCAAACGCAUCCUGAUCAUGAUCUAUGGAAGCGGCUUGGCAGCGCGGGCCUGGCCAGGCUCCAGGCCCACCUCCAGCCACAGGAAAGCCGAGGGUGGCAGAAGUGA